AUGCUCCCGGGGAGGCAGCAGCAACAGCGCCCGGGCGGCUGGGACCGCUGCAGGGUCAGCGAGAGACUGCAAGCCGCCCUGGCCGGCCUCCAGGAACUCCAGGUGCUGCGGGAAAAACAGCGGGCGCUGGUGAGCGAGGCUUUGGCCAUGCAGCGGCCAGGCGAGGAGAGCCAGGCACAGAACAAGGAGCAGCGCCUGGAAGCCACCCUCACCGCCCUGAAGGAGCAACUGUCACGGCUAAGGAGACAAGAUGUGGGACUGAAAACUCAUCUGGAUCAAUUGGACCAGCAGAUCAGUGAACUGAAGUUGGAUGUCGGCAAAACUUCCAUUGAAUAUCUUGAUAGUGAUAGUAGGCCCAGUUCAGGUUUUUAUGAUCUGAGUGAUGGUGGCUCCUGCUCUCUGUCUAAUUCCUGCACAUCUGUCUUCAGUGAAUCCAUUUCCUCCUCCCAUGCCAGUUUGUUACCAAGUUCUCAGCUCUCCAAAACCCAUCUCAGCAUCUUUGAUUACCGACCCAAAUCUGCAGAUGAAACCACAGUGCGCACCCAGUUCCAACAGGAGGGACCUCAUAGCGGUGAUGGAUGCCAAAGCAAAGCUUGCCUAGAUGUUUCAGGCACUCCAAGCAAAUCCAGACCAAGGCCUGUUUCUACUGGUGACCUUGAAAGACUCAACUUGGUGGAUGCUGGAUUCCCAAAAGUCACUGACCUCAAGGCCUCUCCCCAGCUUGGUUCAGGAGGAGAAGUCCAAUUUUACUGCAUGGACCCCAAAUACCAAAGCAAUUUGGUCUCCAAAAGUGGGAACGAUGUGUAUCCUUAUCCUAGCCCUCUUCAUGCAGUUGCUUUACAGAGUCCCCUUUUCUCCCUGGCAGAAUCAGAGGGCCGCCCUUUACUUAAAGGUGCACCUCAUUUCAUGGGGCCCAGUUUGAUUAAGACUCGGCCACUUAUGGAACUCAGGCCAGGGGGUUAUAUCAACAAACUGCUGCAGCUGACACGCAGCAAAGGAAACUAUCCUGCCAGCUAUCCUGCCGAGUUCAGUGAGAAAGGUCCAGCAAAGAAUCAGCCACUCACAAUGCUCCAGAGACUCAUUAUUAUCCCCAGUCCUGGUGGAGUGAAAAUUAACAGCAGCAGCAGCAGCAGCAGCCAGCUGGAAAAACAGAGGGCCCCACUGCCUUGUAAUAAAGGCGAUGGGAAGCCACCAAGGGACGUGCCUGAAGGGGAAUGUGCCAAACAGACAGAGAUUGUGCAUAGUGUGAAUGUAGAGCAGGCAGGUUCACUGGCUGACACAGAGUCUUCACCAGCUGUGAAUGGCUCUUACCCUGCUAAGCCAUCUGUGUGGGACUCUCCUGUCACUGAAGCUGGGGAAAGCAGCCUGGAACGCAGCUCUUCCUGCUCCCCGUUUGGAGUGGAUGAUUCCAACUUGAGCCUCCCAAACACCUGGGUUGCUUCUGCCAAAAAAUCUCACAAGAAAUCCCUGAGAGCCAUAAAGCCCGAAGAACCUGAGUCUGCGCCUCAGGAGGAAUUGGUGCACGCCAAGUUCAUCCCUACCGAGUCCCAUCAAGUUCGAGUCAGGUUUGCCAAUUCUAAGGUGAAGCCUGUGAAGAUGAAGAGGAGGAAUAGUGAGAAGGUGCUGAGGCCGGGGAGGCAGGUGCUUUAUGUGGAGAAGCCACGUGGGGUUCACCAGCUUGCUGCCAAAUUGCCUCUUGAGUGGAGUCUGUCUCAGAGACAGCUCAGGGGAAGGCAUCUAAUUCGGAGGCCUACCUUUGCAGGGGAAAGUACUGGGAGAUCCUGCUCUGAGUCCAGUCUGUAUCCUGUGCCAUUCGGCAUCCCUCAAACACUCUCCAGGUCUGAACUCUGCAGAGCGUCUGCUAAUGCCAUGUAUUCCUUUGAAGCAGCUUAUUCUGACCCCAUGAUUAAAAAAAAGCAGCGCAAAUGGCAAUCCACAGUGGAGAUCUCAGCAAAAACCCAAGUUUCCAGCCUUUCUAGUAGCCUUGCCUUGGGACCACCGAAACAGGGAAAGAGAGCUGGGAUUUUGCGUACUGUAACCAUGAGAGCCGAGUCCAAAAAAGGCUUCCCUCUUCAUCCAGGGGCCUACGCCAAAAGUGAGUCUGACCAUUCAGAGUAUUCUGCUGAAUGUGCAUCACUUUUCCACUCCACCAUUGCAGAGACCAGUGAAGGAGAAAUUAGUGACUAUACAACCAACCGCUUUGGGGACAGUGAAUCCAGUGAUAGUGAUUCAGAGGAGGGCAGUAGCAGCAGCAGCAGCAGCAGCAGCCUGACUCUUGAUUAUGCCGAUGAGAUCCAUGAGCAUGAAAUGAUCUGGCCCACAUCUACAGGCAAGCAGGCAGCCGCUGGUCAAGCCUUGGCCAAGCCUCUACCACCAGUGCCCAAACUCUGCCGCAUCAAAGCAUCAAAGGCUCUCAAGAAGAAAAUUAGGAGAUUCCAGCCUAGUUCCCUGAAAGUGAUGACCAUGGUUUAA